UUAAUAAUCAUGGUACGAAAAUUAAAAUAUCAUGAACAGAAAUUACUUAAGAAGGUUGAUUUUAUAUCGUGGGAAGCCGAUAAUAAUUUACACGAAAUAAAAAUUCUAAGAAAAUAUCGGAUACAGAAAAGAGAAGACUACACCAAGUACAACAAGCUAGCACGUGAAAUUCGUGAACUCGGUAAGAAAAUUAAAGAACUUGAUGCAGAUCUUCCAUUUCGAAUAGAACAAAGCGCACUGUUAUUAGAAAAAUUGUACAUGAUGGGACUUAUACCAACAAAAUGGGAUUUGUCAUUGACACAAAAUGUUAAUGCAAGUUCAUUUUGUCGAAGGCGAUUGCCAGUUGUUAUGGUACGCAAUAAAAUGAGUCAAAAUAUUAAAAUGGCUACACAAUUUGUAGAGCAAGGCCAUGUUAGAGUUGGAACAGAAGUUAUAAAAGAUCCUGCAUUUUUAGUAACAAGAAAUUUAGAGGAUUUUGUUACAUGGGUAAAUGCAUCUGCUAUUAAGAAACAUAUAUUAGAAUAUAAUGAUGCUAGAGAUGAUUUCGAUGUGGCUUGAUUCUUAAGCACUGUAUUGCUGAACUCUGGCUAAAUUUAGAGUUAACACUAGGUUUAUUGUAAUGAUAUUUACAAAUUCAAUCAAUUAUUAAUGCUUGUUAUUAUCAUUAUUAGUAGCUUUCUGCCUUUUUAACAAAUUGUUUCUUAUGAAUUUCUUGAAGUAUAAUUUCACGCAUUACAUCAAUGCAAUUACUGAAAAAGACACAUUCAAAUACAAUUUAAAAAUAAAAUUUGGAUAUCUUUGAAUACAUACCUAAGAUACAAUAUUGAUUUAGUAAUCUUCAGUAUUUUUCUAUGAUAUUCUGAAACAUUUUUAAUAGUGCAAUUCAUUUUCUUUUGAGAUCUGUUAUUUAAAUUAUUAAGUUUUGUUAAUGCCAUUCCAUGUUCCGCGGCAUCAGAUACAACUUUUCUUUUUUGGUCAAAAUUGUUUAUUUCCUCAGUUAUUGUACUAAGAUUUUCUAUUGUUAGUUCAUCGAUUGUUUCGUCUAAAAUAGACGGUACACCCACGCUAUGUGUGGAUUGCAAAACAAACUUACAAGAGGAACAAAAACUUGACCAUUCUUCAUCAGUAUCAUCAUCUUUUAUCAUACUAAAAGAAUUCUCCAUUUUGAAUGAAAAACAAUGUAAAGAUACUGGAAGUUCAAAAUAUACAUAUAUACAUUAUAUUACACAUUGUAUGAACAGUAUAAAAUAAUGAAAUUAUUUUUAUAAAACUUAUUUUCAAUUUCUUCUAUGACAUUUAAAAUAAUAACACGAAUUCAAUGUUUUUUCAAAAAAAUGAAAUUUCAUUUAUUAAAAACCAUGUUGACCUCGUUAUGACGUACAAACUGAAAAUACUAAUGAGUUUACAAUUUAAUUAAUCAUUUAAGUUUUUCAAUUAAAGUUCCAGUAUGUCAUUUAACUUUCAAUUUCCUUUUAGGACGACCGAUGAACGUAAUGCAAAAAUGAUGGUGUAUUUAUUCAGUGAAAAGCGUUACACUUUAAUAUAUCUCUGAUAUGGUUCCUAUUUCAUAAUUUAACAUUGUUAUAAAUGAUAUAAAUUUUUUAACGAAAAUAAUAGUAUGUGUAAACUAGAAAAACAUAAGAAUUUAUAAGAUUCAAAAAUAAUAACUCACACUUUUGAUUAUUUGAAAAUAUUAUAAAAUCUAAAAUCACUUGUUUGUGGAAAACCACUCAUUCAUAUACCUACAAUGAAUAAUUAAUAUUCAAUAUGAUACACAUGUUACAUGUUAUUAGUUUUACAUUAAAAUCGGCAGUCAUUGCUGGUCUCUAUGACACUAUUACCACAUUUAUAUAUUCAUGUUACAUCACAAAAAAUAAUAUUUAUUAUCUUAAAAAUAAUACACUUAUUCGUGAAAAGAGAAAUUCAGUAAUUUUCAAAUCUAUAUUUCAACUAUUUUCAAAAUAUUUGUCUGCAAAAAUGAUGUUAUCCUUAAUAAAUUAUGAAUAUAUCUUUUCGUGACGUAACUAUGAAAAUGAAUGGGUUUUGUGUCAGCUCAGGUCCCCAAGUAUCCUCCUUUCCUUCAACUAUUUACAAAAUUUCUCAUUGAAAUUUUCUCAAAAGUACUGCAGUACAAUAUGUUCACAUUAUACUGAUUUUCACCAAUA